AUGAGUCUCACCACCACCCAGCUUGCGCAACAAGAAGAGGAAGCGGGCAUCCUCAAGCUCCGUGGCUUCCAUGACCCACACUCCGUCGAGGCUAUUCUGGAAGACUUGGAGACCAAAGGCUGGGCGGUAGUGAAGAACGUGAUUCCCCUGGAACGAGCCCAAGAGUACGAGCAGCGAGCCUACGCCUGGCUUGAAAGUUUCGGGAAAGGCUUCAAGAGAGAUGACAAAGACACAUGGAAGUUUGAAAACAUGCCUGCAUUUGACAGGGGAGGCAUGUUCAAGCGCCAUGGAGUCCAUCACGAGCGUUUCGUCUGGGACAUCAGGUCCGAACCUGGUAUUGUCGCGGUGUUCGCCAAGCUAUGGGGGACGGACGAGCUCCUCGUAUCUUUUGAUGGUCUCAACAUCUCACUCCCAUACAUCGAUGACCAGCAGACCGACCGAGCCGCUCCAUGGCCUCACGUCGACCAAAACCCAAGACGAAGGCACAAGCACUGUAUCCAAGGCAUCGCCAACAUAGCUCCCAACGGGCCUCUGGACGGGGGGCUCAAAGUCCUCUCCCAUUCUGUCCAGCACUUUAAUGCCUUUUUUGACGCACACCCCGAGCUCGAGCCCGAAGGAGGCUGGCCCGCGGGCGACUUCUUCAUGCACCGGGAGGAGGAUGUGGGGUGGCUGAAGGACAGAGGAUGUGAGUGGGUCAAAGUUGAGGCUGGACCUGGAGACUUGAUAUUGUGGGACAGCAGGACUGUGCAUUAUGGAGCCGUAGCGGAGGGUGAUAGACCGAGGGUUGCCACCUACCUUUGCUACAAGCCCGCCAAAGACAUAAAGCCCGACAAGUUGGAGGCAAGAAAGCAGGCUUUUGCCGAGUGGGCAGGGACUACUCAUGAUCCGCUAGAGUUUACCGUCAGAGGUACCAACACCUUGGGCCCACUUACUCCUGAUGAAAAGCAGCUGCCUCAUGAGAUUCCAGUCCUAGACGAGAGAACCAAAAAGCUUGCCGGGCUGAUUCCUUACUAA